AUGUGGAACACUAAUUCAGUGGUGAUAAACUCUCAGGAGGAAGUUGAUUCAUGGGAAGUGAAAGCUUUCGCUGAAGACACCGGAAAUGUCAUGGGAAGUACUUGGCCACCGCGGUCAUACACCUGUACAUUUUGUAGAAGAGAAUUCCGGUCAGCUCAAGCUUUAGGUGGUCACAUGAACGUCCACCGCCGGGAUAGGGCUCGGCUCCACCAAGCCCAGCCUAAUUUUAAUAGCCCUAAUAUAUCUUCUUCUCGGCCUUCUUCCACUCUCUUGAUUCCAUCACAAGAGCUUGUUGGAAAUGGCGGUCUAUGCCUUUUGUACUCUUUACCAAACCCUAAUGCCAUUUUCAACCCUUCUUCUUUAAAUAAUGUUAAAGAUAAUCCGUCCACUCUUCUCUCCAUUUCUCCCCAUCCCAAUACUGAUAAUUUCAUGAAUUUUCCAACAACCAUGUCUCCUCAUAGCUUCAAUUCUUCCCUCUCUAAUUCCUAUAACACUGAAGCAUCAACGUCAACAAAUUAUAAAAGCAACCAACAAGUUAGUACUGGCAACAAGUUACAGAAGAAUGAUUCGGCAAUUGAAGGUAUUGAUCUAGAGCUUCGUCUAGGAUGCAGCUCAUGGGCUUCAUAA